AUGGUUAUGGUAGUGACUCGCCUAAUAUCGUUGCUUUAUGAGUUUGGGCUGAUAGAUCGCGAUGGGACCUUUAGCGGAGAUUUGGUGUUAAUUAUGAUUGUCAUGAUCCGACUGCAAUCAAUGGUCGUGGUGUUUACGAUAUUUCCGAUGAUUAUUAGUGAACGGCUCUACGCACUAAUCUUCAUGUGGGACUACGAGCGAAACCCGCGCACCAUAAUUUCGGCGCUGAUCAUUGGUUCGGCGAUCUUCAGCUCGAUUCUCUCCUCGUUGGCUGGAGCUUUUUUCAUGGCCGUCAUCCCGAACAUUGCCGCCCUCAUCGGUGUCCCGUCGAUUUUGACGAUAUUCUGCGUAUUUUUCUGGUCCGUUCGCGAAAUGGAGAAGAAAAACGCGCACGCGCUGGAGUUGCUUGAGAUCAACGACGGCCAAUACAAUCUAUCCGCCAGAUAUCAAGCCGCGGAGAACAUCAAAAGUUUUCAGUUCAUUCGUGUAUUCCUCUACUUUUCGCUGGUGUGCAACAUUUUUGGGUGCACCUUAUUAUUUUCUACAGUUUUGGCAUUCGAGGAGAAUUCCGUUGGCGCCCAAACUACGGGAGCCAUGUAUGAGGCGAUGACGUCACUG